GAUCUGUGUGGCAGGGAUGGGUCUCUCUCUCUUUCUAUGGAGAACAGGCUUCCCAAGCCCCUGGCGUGUGCGGGCGACUGUGAUUUGAACCCGGCUGGCGGCCUGGGCGAGUGCGCCACAUGCCAACGGAGAGCCGUGGCUGCCUGGCCCGCAUGGUGGAGCGCGCCCGCCGCGGCCGGGGCGCGCUCGUGACUCUCAAUUAAUCACACACGGUCAACUGUCAGGCCAGCGUUCGCCGGUCCCUCCUGCCACCGGCGCAUCCACAUCCGCAUCCACAGUCGACUGGCGGGCACGCCCGCCUGCGGGCUAGAGCCGCCCGAUCGAGCGGAGAGGCCCCGGGCCGAGGGGGCGGGCGCCGCACCCGCGGUGCGUGUGGGUGCGUAUGAGAGCCGACACCGACACCCGGGCAGCGGCGCGAAGUGGCAUAUUACCCGGGCAGGGAGGGGGGCGGGGUGGGGCACGGCACAUUGAGUCCGCACACGUCCGCGGUGUCGGGGCCACUUUUCUCGAUCAACCCUGGUCCUGGCGGGGGAGCAGGCGGGAUCGCGAAACCAUCCUCCUCCUCUGCCCCUCCCAGCUCCCCAUCCGCCGGCCCGGUUCUUGGCCCCGUCCCUCUCCUUUGCCCCUCGCCCCCUCGCCUCCCCGCCCCCUCGCCUCCUCGCCUUCCCCCCCCUCCCCCUCCCAGACAUCUUAACACCCAUCGGAUGGCCAUGAUGCGGCGACCGACCGCGCGUCUGCUCGGCCUCCUGGCGCUGGCGCUGGUGCUGCUCGGCGAGACUGGCCGGGCGGAAGUUGCCGCGGCGCCGGCCGAGCCGCUGCUUGGCCCGCGUUCCGAUGCCGAGCUCCUCCUCCACCGGCGCAGCCUCUCGGCCGCCGGCUCCGGAGCCGCCCGCCCGCGGGAGUUCAGCUUCACCCUGCGCGACGUCCUCAUCGAAAUGGCCCCGGAACAUCGGUCCUCCGAGGGGGAUCUCUCAUCGGAGUCCGGGCCGCUUCCGCUCCCUCGGGACCGCUUUGUGGUCGGCGUGCUGCCGGGCACACGGCAGAAGCUCUCGGCGCCGGUGCUCACCCCGCGCGGGGCCGCCCCGACUCCCGGCCAGGCCGACUCCGACCCCGGGCACUGGUACUGGCGGGCGGACAGCAGUGCCCCGCGCUAUCCGGUCUACAGCCAGACGCAAGGCGGCCCGGGUGACGUGGGCUCACCGCCGGCCAGCCCGGUCGGCUUCAAGCGUGCCCUGCUGGCUGGCGUGGCCAUGACCCUGGCCAGUGAGAUCGGCGAUAAGACCUUCUUCCUGGCGGCCAUCCUGGCCAUGAAGCUCCCGCGACUGCACAUCUGGCUCGGGGCCUGGGGCGCGCUGGCCUUCAUGACGGUUCUCUCGUGCGCCCUCGGCGUGGCGGCGCCCGUGCUCUUCCCCCCGUGGCUGGUGACCUGGUCGGCCAUCGCCCUGUUUUUGGUGUGCGGCGUGCGCGGCAUCCUCGAGUGGCGUACCAUGGAGGAGGACGCCUCGGAGGAGCUGGCCGAAGUGGAGGCCGAAGUGAAGGCCCACUUCAAGCAGGACGCCGAGGGCCCGGGCUCGGAGUCCUCCUCCACAGGGCCGGCCUCGAUGGCCAGCGCCCCCUCCAAGGCCCAGGUCCUGGACCCGGAGCUGGGCCUGCCGGCCGACGAUGCCAAGGGGGUGGCCCAUGCUGCCACCUCCUCCACCCCGGCCGAGGUGAGCAGCGCGGCCCGGUCGGUGGUGCGGUCUCUCCGGGCCUGUGUCGCUGGGGUCCAGCAAGUUUUACGCCCGGUGACCAGCCUCAUCCCGGUGGCCGUGUUGAAUACCUUCAUGAUGGUGGUCGUGGCCGAGUGGGGGGACCGCUCGCAGAUCACCACCAUGGCCCUGGCUGCGGCGCAGGUGCGUUGCCGAGAGGGCUGCGGGGCCGCGGGGCUGCGGCUUCUGCUUCCCCUCCUGCCUCCUGCCUCCUGCCCGGCGACUUGGCCGUGACUCCGGUCCCUCCAGCAAUGACCCAUGCUUGAUCGCUGACAUCCUCCUGUUCGCCCUUGCCGGGUGGUGCUCCCUCCUCCCUUGGGCUGGGUCCCGGGCCCCUCUCGCAGAACAUCUAUGGCGUGACCAUCGGCUCGCUGCUGGGCCAUGCCAUGUGCACCGGCAUCGCGGUGGUCGGCGGGCGUCUCCUUGCCGAGCGGGUGUCCAUCAAGGCCGGUACGUGCAAGGUUCCUCCCCGCCGCAGGGCGUUUCGCUUCCUCCCUGUGCCUUGGCCGGCAUCCGGUCUGACAGCCCCGGCCACACCUUGCGCCUCCGGCCACACAGUCACAUUGAUUGGGUCCGUCCUCUUCAUCAUGUUCGGUCUGUUUGGCGCCUUCCGGGCCGUGGUUCCCGGGGCCGCAUGAUGCCCCUAGUGGGGGAGACAUGGUCACCGGAAGCACACGCGCAUGCCGCUCGCCGGGACAAUCAAGAGAAGGGGCACGGUGUGCAUGCCUGGGGAGGAGGGGGGGAGGCCAGGGGAGGGUGGCCGGCAACGGCCCCCGGCGUGAUGCCCGCGCGUCCCCCUCUCCUCCCCUGUGGUGUCCCUUCUCUUGCUUGUGAUUUCUUCGGCGCGCUGCACUCUCCGGCAACGAGUCACCCUGCCGAACUUCCGGGGUUUCCCCCUUCGAAGUACACAAACAACAAACAAAGAAUACAAGUAUCUUAUGAGUGA